AUGCAAUUCUACAAUGAUAUCAUCAAGGCCUUCAGCCCCGAUGUCAAGGAACCGGAUGACGAGGAUGAACUAGAGAUUGAGAUGCAAACCUAUCCAGGCCCCGAUGCUAAUACUGCCGGUCAACAAGACGGUGAAUUGGUGGAUGGCACGGAUGAAGGAGAGCCCGAUGUAAGAAUGUCCUGGUUUGAGAUGAUGAUCCGCAUUCUGCUCUUCAGGAGUUCGGGAUACAGCCCUUCCGCAGCUGCUUUGGUGGACUUCCAGCAAGAGAUGGGAAGACGAUCGAAGCUCAAGCAGAAGAAGAAGUGUAGGGGCAGACCGACCUACAAGUUCAUUUCAGUUUCUUCCGACGAAGUCCCAUCCGAUAUCACCUAUGAUCGCAUGAUGAAGGGCGCGACAUACCCACCUCUGAACAGGAACUCUUUCGUCACUUUCUUGAAGAACAUCGACUACAACUACAAUAACUUCCGCUUCAUUGUCCUAUUGCAGCAUUAUGAGCGCUUGCAUGACGCAGUUAGCUGGGAGCACCGAACAGCCCUAAGUCCACCAUGGACUUUUCUGGACGAGCAGCGAGCUAGGAAGGCCUACGAGACAAGUCGUUCAAGAAGAAGAUCUAUCAAGAUUUCCUGUGGCCUGCCAUUCAGAAAUGGAGACUACACUCCGUUAGAUUCUUCGGAUUCUCUCCUUGGCGAGAAUCAGCCGACCACCAGCUUUAACAUAUACAAUCCAACCCCCCUCACCUCCUUGAGGCCAGCAUACCUUGGUCUCCGGAAUGUUAUCGGACUCAGUCUACCUGGUUCCGCUGGUUCCGAUAUUGACUCUGUUGCCCCAUUUUCUUUUGGCACGAGGGACAAUGGCUCCUCGGUUUCAAGCCGAGGUUAUGAUCGCGUAUCAUACGAGGACGAUGAGCAUUUAUUCGGCCCCCGGCUUCCAAUCGCGGUCCAGAACCUUUGGAAGACGGGGAGCCAGAUCAUGACGGAGUUCAUCGCCACCAACGGCGAGCACGCUCUCAAUCUUUCACACUUGGAUCGAGAGAUGACCCUGUACGCUCUCGAGCGUAGCAACCACCCAUCAGCGAUGAACCGCGCCCAAAAGGUUGCUGACGAUGUGCUGAGGAACGACAGCUACCCGAGGUUCCUUCAAGUCUCGAAGCCCGAUGGCAGUCCGAUCCGCCAACGGAUCAUCAAGCUGGUGGGGUGGCUCCUCAUCUCCACCGGCCUCAUCUUCGCGGGCGCGGUCACGAUGUCUCACCUCUCCUGGCUGUACCGCCUCAUUGGAGUCCCCCUCGUCGUCUGCGGCGUCGCCGCCGUGUACGCUGCCCACCUCGGCCUCUGUCUCGUGCUGUACAGUCUCGGCACCUACCAAGCCGAGCCCUGGGACCUGUACACCCCCGCGGACGAGCAGGAGCGAGAACGUAUAAACCCGGAAGUCUUCCUCGACGGCGACUACAAGCCCGGGAAGCGCGGCUGGGUCAAGACGUACAACCGUCGGUACGCCCUCCUCAAGAUCUUCGGCCGAGACACCCCCGUCAAGGAGGCGCGCAUCUUGAACGCGCAGACGGUCAUCGCUGGCCAGGCCAUCUUCCUGGGUCUGCUCGCCGGUGCCAUCAUGGUCGUGCUCGCCAAGGUGGUUCCGACUGUAAAGUACUACUGA